AUGGCUUCUACACAUGAUAUUCGUCUGGAUGACCAUAUCGCUAUUGAUGACUUUGAAUUAGAUUAUCAUGAUUUAAUAUCAUCAUUUGAUGCAGGUAUAAUUCCAUCGGAUAAAGAGGCAUUGGAUAGUCCCACGAAGAAGAAAGCAAAAAGAUCAUCAAUGUCGGACAUAGACUCCAAAAUGUUUAGUAAAAAGAUUUCAUUGAAACCAUCAUUUACUGAAACUAAUAAAAUAACGAAUGAAUUAUUCCAAGUAACGAGUGGAUUAGCAAAGAACUACAAAAACAAACAAAGCAAUCAAGGAGGCAAUGGAUUUCUCACGAAAAUUAUGGAUAAAAGAAUGGACAAUAAAAGGUUAUCAGAACUAGAACAAUUUGAUUUCGAAUUAGAUGAUAUAUUACGAACUCGAUAUAAGUCUGCAAGAUUCAAAAAUUCAACUUUUAAUAUAGAUAGAACCAAUUCUCCAUCAGAUUCACAAUUCAAUCAAUUCUUUAAUCCUUCAAGAAAACAAUCGAAACCAGAUGAGGAUCAAGAGAAUAAGACCCCGUAUCCAGAACCAUUGAAACCUAAACUAGGUUCAAACCAGAUUUCGAAACAAUCACUACAAAAAGCAUCAAAGAAUAUUUCUACAGCCACUCAAAUCCCAGCAUUAAGGCCCAUAAACCAACCACGACCCUCUAAAAUUAGACGAGAAUUUAGCAUUUGGGAUUUCCCACCACGAUCCCCGAAAAGAAUUUGUAGUCCAAGACAAGCAGCAGAUGUGAAACGAUUGAAACCGGCGAUUAAACAUGACAAACCUUUGGUUACAUUUUUGGUCGAGUCACUGUCAAGUCUACUCAGUGAUGCAACCAGUUUCGCUACUGAACUCAACAAAUCCAAUUGUGAAGGAUUCCCAUUCCCCGAAAAGGUGAAUGAAAUAGUUCAAAUUCCAGCUAGUUGCGAAAAGGAAAAUAAGAAAGCAAUUAUUAGAAUGAUAAAGGAGGAGCCUCCAAAAACUAUCCAUGACGACAAGGAAGACCAGAAGCAUGGAUUCUAUAGUGAGGAAGAAUUCCAUUCUUAUAGAAGUAAGUUGACUAGUUCAUUCACGGAAGAUGCAGGCGUCGAGGUUGUUAGCCAACCAAUUGAUCAUAUUUCGGAGACUCAAAGGAGACUAAAGCAGGACAAGAACAGUAAAAAGACGGUAAAAUGGGCAAAAAAUUUAGAAUGGUAG